AUGUCCCGCCGUGGGGGUGGUGGGCCAAAAGGCAGGAAGCCGCCAGGCACAGAAUUCACUUGGGAUGCCGACCCUGGAGGCGAGCCAGACACAGCUCCACAACCUUUAUAUCCCAAAUACACCGUUCCAUUCGCGCGCAAAUUGAGCACCGCGGAACAGACGCAGGUUGACUAUUACCGGCACCUGCGCGAGAGCCACCAUGAUGGUCCAUACUACUCCGUGCUUGAUGCUGCCUCUUCGUCUGCAAAAAAGGGUAGCGCCGCACGCGCGAACUUCGACCCGUUCCAUGGCAUGCCCACCUACUCUGGUCGCUAUCAGCGGAAGCGGCGCACUCUUCCAAAGAUUGUUGGACGUGAAUAUGUUUUGAAAUUCUUCCCCCGCGACCUUUGGAAAACCCUCCAGCCAAGCUUCCGACCAGAUGCGGUGAUAGAUGGCUACCAAGCUCAGACAGCGACUGGAGUCAAGCGCGGCUUCGAAGAUGAGGAGGACGAAGCCGAGGGUGGACCCUCCAAGCGCAAAGCCACUGGCGAUGACGACGACGAUGAAGGUGAGGGCGAGUUGGAAGAGAAUGUUUUGCUUGAUGAAGAUGAAGAACAAGACGCAGAAGAGAUGGACGACAACUUCUCCGAGGACGAUGACGAGAUGGGUGGUGAUUACAAUGCCGAGCAGUAUUUCGACGAUGGUGGAGAUGAGAUGGGCGAUGAUGGCUUUGGUGAUGGUGGUGGCGGCGGCGGCGAUGAAGAUACCUACUGA